AUGGCUUCCGAAUCCUCUAGCAUUUCAAUCACUUCACAAGAUCAUGGUGUUUCUUUCAAUUCAAAAAAAGUGGUGGACGAAAAGGAGAAGAAGACCCCAAACUCUGAUUCCAAGGCACCUAUUGAUUUCAUGAAGGUAUUGAAAGAGGAUUCGGUUGACAGAUCAAAUGCGCAUGAGUAUGAUUUUUUUAUCCCUGGAUCAUCGUCUGUUUCUCCUAAUAUUGACAACAAAAAGAAAGAUGAGAAAAUCACUGAAGAGAAGAAUACAGAGUCAAAGACGUUAUAUUCAUGCAAUUUUUGCAAGAGGGAGUUUUCUACACUUCAAGCGCUAGGAGGGCACCAGAACGCCCAUAAAGCAGAACGCGCUUUGAAAAAGCAACGUGAACAAAGGUACGACAGCGAUGCCUUAGGGUUAGGGCAAACUCACUUGAACCCUUAUUUUCGUUACCCUAGUUCUAUUUAUUCACCAUAUGGAUCACUUGGGGUUAGAAUGGAGUCAAUGAUUCAAAAACCAUCAUUUUUUAGCCCUAGGGUUUCAUCAAAUAAUUUUUCUUAUGGUCAUGGUGGUUUGUGUUUGCAAGAAACAUUAAACCCUUCUCUUCUUAAUUUAAGAAACAACAUGGAAGGUAGUAGCAGGGUUGGAAUUCUAGGUCUUGGUAGUGCAACUUCUUCUAGGGUUGAAAAUAGUCCAAAUAACAAAAUUACUGCUUUUCUAAAAUUUGGAGAUUCUUCUAAAGAUGUUGCCACAAGUUCAAACUCAAUCAUAGACAAGAAUUUUUUUGCGGCUCCUGCUUCGAACAAAGACGAUAUUCAACAACCAAAGUUCAACAAUGAAGAAGAACCUUCUGAUGAAUCUUCUGGGCUUGAUUUGACACUCAAGCUUUGA